GCAAAACGCCUUACGACAGAGCCCGGAGCCGCACUACGGCCGGCAACCGCCUCCGGACCCCGCGUUCAACACUGGGCUGUCUGGAAGCCCAGCGAGGUGGCCGCUUGCGAGUUUGCCCUCUGCGUUCGGCCUUCGUUUCCCCCGGGGCGGCCCAGAGCCGCUGCGGCCAGCGGGGAGGGCCUGCGCCGGCGCCUCCCGGCCGCCAUCAUCCCGGCGUGCACCGCGGCGGCGGGCCGAGCUGUCCGCCAUGUUGCGAUAGUUUGUUGUUUUCUUUCUGCGGAGGAGCAGGCCGGAGGGCCCCCACCCGCCGGCCGCGCCGCCUCCCGCACCCAGGCCCGGCCCGCCGCCCCCGUCCCCCGUCCUCCCCGCCCCGCGCCGCGCGUCCCCGGGCCCCGGCUGGCCCGGCGGCCCCCCCCAGCUGGCUUGGUGGGGCGAGGCUGAAGGCCGGGCCCAGCGAGGACCAUGGCGGCCGCCCUGGGAGCGGGCGGAGGAGCGGGCGCCGGAGAUGACGACUUUGACCAGUUUGAUAAGCCUGGUGCGGAGCGGUCCUGGAGGAGAAGAGCUGCGGACGAGGACUGGGACAGUGAACUUGAUGAUGACUUACUUGGAGAGGAUUUGCUCUCUGGAAAAAAGAAUCAAUCGGAUUUGUCAGAUGAAGAGCUAAAUGAUGAUCUCCUGCAGAGUGAUAAUGAAGACGAAGAAAAUUUCUGCGCUCAGGAUGUCACGAUCAGCCUGACGGCCACGUCAGACAUGGUCACGUCGUUUGAGAUGUCUGACACCAACGACCAGUCUGCAGAGCAGGAGUCUGAGUAUGAGCAGGGCGAGGAUGAGCUCGUCUAUCACAAGUCGGGUGGGUCUGAGCUGUAUGCUCACGAGUACCCAGAAGAAGGGCCGUAUGAGGGGCACGACGCCGAGCUCCCCGAAGACCACAUUGAGUACGUGGAGGGGCCCGAGGAGGAGCCGCUGUACAGCGACGAGGUCCUGGACAUCGAGAUCAAUGAGCCCUUGGACGAGUUCACAGAUGAAGAAUACUUGCAGGCUUGUGGGCAACAAGGGAUGAAAGAGCAGGAAGACUGUGUUGCUGAAGAGGAAUUAGAUGAGAUUACUGAUUCCCAGGUUGAUCCUGAAACCGAAGAGGGAGGCAUGGAGACUUUGGAGCUGCAGAAGGACAUCAAAGAAGAGUCGGAUGAAGAAGAGGAUGAUGAUGAAGAAUCUGGGCGAUUACGUUUCAAAACUGAAAGGAAAGAAGGAACAAUUAUUAGGCUCUCAGAUGUAACUAGAGAGAGAAGGAACAUUCCAGAAACUUUGGAGCUUUCAGCAGAAGCCAAAGCUGCGUUGCUUGAAUUUGAAGAGAGGGAGCGACAGCACAAACAGGGCCGCUACGGCUCCAGGCGGGGAGGAAGGAGAGGAGGCUCGUCCAUGUGCCGUGGUGUUGGAGACCAGAGGAGAGAGAGCAGCGAGAGGGGGCGCGCCAAGGACCACAGGCCCGCCCUGCUGCCCACACAGCCGCCUGUGGUGCCUCCACAGCCGCCGCCGCCGCCGCCGCCGCCGCCGCAGCCGAUCCGCAGCCUGUUCCAGCAGCAGCAGCUCCAGCCCCUGCUGCCCCUGCAGCACCCGCACCACCCCUCCCCUCCGCAGGGCAUGCACGUGCCGCCCCAGAUGGAGGCCCCCCGCGUGAUGAUGACCCCUCCUCCCGUGACCCCGCAGCAGCCCAAGAACAUACACAUCAACCCCCACUUCAAAGGGGCCGUGGUGACGCCCGUUCAAGUGCCCUUGCUGCCAGCCCCGAGCCAGCCGAGACCUGCGGUGGGACCCCAGAGAUUCCCAGGCCCUCCGGAGUUCCCGCAGCACACGCCUGGCCCCGUCCCCAACAACUUCAGCCAGCCCCCUCGGCUUCCUCUUCAGGACCAGUGGAGGGCCCCGCCCCCACCCCAGGAGCGAGACCCUUUCUUCUUGGGAGUUUCAGGUGAGCCAAGGUUCCCGAGCCAUCUCUUCCUGGAGCAACGAAGUCCCCCCCCACCGCCACCUCCUCCCACACUCCUCAGCAGUGGUCACCCUGUGCCCACGCCCAGUCCCUUGCCCUUCACCCAGCCCGGCCCAGCGUUCAGUCAGCAGGGGCAGCAGCCUGUGUUCCCCAGAGAGAGGCCUGUGAGGCCAGCCCUCCAGCCGCCAGGGCCAGUGGGGCUCCUGCACUUCAGCCAGCCGGGGUCCGCAGCCACGAGGCCCUUCAUCCCUCCUCGCCAGCCCUUCCUGCCGGGCCCCGGACAGCCCUUCCUGCCCACCCACACGCAGCCCAGUCUGCAGGGGCCGCUGCACCCCCCGCUGCCCCCGCCACACCAGCCACAGCCGCAGCCGCAGCCCCCGCUGCAGCCCCCGCUGCAGCCGCCGCUGCAGCCGCCCCCGCCGCACCAGCCUCCGCACCAGCCGCAGCAGCACCACCAUCACCUCUCCGUGCCGCCCCCGCCGCUGAUGCCCGUGGCCCAGCCCCAGUUCAGGCCUCACAUGCCGGCGGCCCAGCCUCAGCCCAGCAGCAGCCGGAUGCCGUGCCCCCAGCGCCCGGGGCUGCGGCACAACACUACUUCUCAGAAUGUAACCAAGCGACCAAUGCAACAAAUGCAGCCAACUGCUCCGAGAAAUAGUAAUUUGCGUGAAUUACCGAUCGCGCCAUCUCAUGUUAUAGAGAUGAGUACCAGUCGCUGCUCCUCCACACCUGCCGCUCAAGUGAAACCCAUCAUGAGCACGUCUCCGCCCUCGAGGCCCGGGGUGGGGCCCAGGAACGCGCAGGGGAAGACUGAAGGGAGAGUCAAGCCACUUAGCCCCGUGGGUCAGCCUAAAGAGGAAGCAAAGACAGAACCAGAGUCUCCUGAUGAAGAUGAGGAGACGCGGCUGUACCGCCUGAAGAUAGAGGAGCAGAAGCGCCUGCGAGAGGAGAUCCUGAAGCAGAAAGAGCUGCGGCGGCAGCAGCAGGCGGGCGCCCGGAAGAAGGAGCUGCUCGAGAGGCUGGCCCAGCAGCAGCAGCUCUGCGCCCCGCCCGCCCCCGCCGCACCCACCGAGCAGACGCCCGCCCUGCCGCCCGCCAACGGUAACCCGCUGCUCCCCUUCCCGGGGCCUCCGGUCAGACCCAACGUGAAAAACAGACUCCUGGUGAAAAACCAGGAUGCGGCCAUUGCAAACGUUCCACCCAAAGCAUCGGGGUUUGUGCCGUCUGGUGCUCACACACAGUAUCCAGGACAACAGAUGAAACCACUGAAACACUUGAGACAGGCCAGAACCAUACCUCAGAGUCCAGCUCAGCACAAAGUCCUGCAGGUAAAGCCCGCCGACGGGGAGGGCCCGCCGCCCCCCUCGCAGACCGCUCGAGCUGCAUCCCUCCAGGGCCGGCCCCCGGAGGCCAAGCCUGGCACCAAAAGGACUGUCAUGCACCGGGCCAACAGCGGCGGUGGAGACGGGCCGCACGUCAGCUCCAAGGUCAGGGUGAUUAAGUUGUCAGGCGGGCAGGGAGGAGAGAGCGACGGCUUUUUUCACCCGGAGGGCCAGCCUCAGCGGCUCCCUCAGGCCCCAGAAGUGAGGCAGCAGCCCACCCGGAAGGUGACGCUGACCAAGGGGGCCCUCCAGCAGCCCCAGCACCCUGCGGUAGGGGCCCACAUGCACGCAGCCGGCCCCCCAGGCAUCAAGAGCAUCCAGGGGAUCCACCCAGCCAAGAAGGUCCUCAUGCACGGGAGAGGCCGGGGCCUGGCGGGAGCGAUGGGCCGGGGACGCCUGAUGCCCAACAAGCAGAACCUGCGGGUGGUGGAGUGCAAGCCUCAGCCCUGCGUCGUGUCUGUGGAGGGGCUCUCCUCGUCCACCACUGACGCCCAGCUGAAGAGCCUGCUGACGUCGGUGGGGCCCAUCCAGAGCUUGCAGAUGCUCCCCCAGCAGCGGAAAGCCAUAGCGAAGUUCAAGGAGCCAGCACACGCGUUGGCGUUCCAGCAGAAGUUCCACAGGCACAUGAUAGACCUGUCCCACAUAAACGUGGCCCUGAUUGUCGAGUGACCACUGCGGACGGGCUGACCGGGACGCCGCACACACACUGUGGAACUCCUCCGGAGCUGCGCGCAGAGGCCCCACGAGCCGUCUCUCCGUCCACAGCCCUGCCAGGCCGUUGUCCAAGGCGCCCGAUGGCUCAGCACCGAUUCCAGAAGAGCUAGACUUGCGGGACGUGGCAGACUCGAGUCGCUGUUAGAGCGUUCACGUUCUGUUGGCACCACAAAGAACUACAGUUCCAUUUUCUUUUGUUUUCCAAGUGCUUACGAUGCAUGUAGACGUUGUUCUUUGUGAUCUUACUGUCUGAUCGAUCCCAGUGACGUAGAGUCAGGAGAGACCAUCACCGUCACAGGUUCUCAGCAUUUUUCACAGCAAAGAACAUUUGAUAAUGGUUGCACUUAUCUUCAGUGCAGGCUAGACGAGUGUCUCCUCACCCGGCUCCACGCACGCUCCUUUCUCAGAAGGCCCUCCAGGGCUCUUGUGAACACACAGAGGCAAAUUCGGGUGGUGAUAUCCUGGGAAGCAGGGUAUGUGGGUGGUUGGGAGUGGUGUCAGGGGUGCGGCAGAUUCUGCUUCUUGUAAAUAUUCCCAGAGCGUCAGCUGUAUACACCCAGUUCCAGAGGGAACGCCCCUCUCUCCACGCUGCCCAGAGAGCACGGAGAUGCUGGUGGGUACCGGUGUGAGCCCGCCCGGGCUGAGCGCAGGUUAGGGGCCCCACUGGGUGAGGGUAGGCCGGCCGGAAGCUUGAAAGGGCGUGUUUGGUUUUUUCCCCUUUUUAGACACAGCCCCAAGAGGCAUAGUCACGUCACCGGCUCUGUGAUACAUAACGUGACUCUGUUGAGAAACCUGGUUAUCGUUGCUGUGACGAGCGUUUUCUUCUUUGAAGGCCUUUUGAGCAGGGCUGUGUUGUCCUUCAGUGGACCCCAGAGCAGAGGGCUGUUUGCACGGGCGUGUGGGCGGGCGGCUCUGGGACGCGGGUUAGCUUCAUUCAGGUGAGAUGCUUGCUCCCCGUAAAGUCAUCUUCAGUAAAAUCCGUUCUGGGCAAACGAUGACAAAAGUGCCUUAAUGUAUUUGUGCUCAUGAAGGAGUCUCACUGUUUGGGUUUAUUCUAACAUGGCCUGAACUGUUGGAGCAAAUGGUAACUGGGGCAUACUCAGACUUUUUAGCUGAAUUUUAUACCUAAGAUUUCCUGUCACAUUUAUUAGUAGAAUUAAGGGAAACAGAUGCCUGUUGCUGGUUAGCGCCCCUAGUCAGCACGGCGAGACCCCUCAGCGGGGCGCCACUUUCUCAGCCUCCUCGUGGGGAGCUGAGACACAGGUCAUGUGAUUUUGUAUCUUCUUGUUUUCACAGUUGAAAUUUUAUGUUUUUCAAAUUAAGUCACCAGAACUGGAGGGGAGUGUUGAGACCCGCGAGCCUCUGUAGCGCUGACUCCACAGUGCGCCACGUGUAGGAGGGAGCCUGCAACGUGAAGGUGGGUGCGGAUAGCCGCUGCUCAGAGGCUGCGGCUACACGAAGCUGUAGGCACUUGUAGGUUACCUCUCGCUGGGCACGCCUGGCCACCCACGCUCCAGAAAGCCCUGCCUCACCCGUGGGGGCUGGUGGUUGUACCUGCCUGGCCCCAGGUGCUCCAGUGGAGCGUCUGGCCACUGGCGCGCCCGCCCCCCCGCCCGUCUUUACAAGUAGAUGCAGGUGUCACACGAGCAUGGCUCGUGUGGCUCAGUCCACGGAGAGCUGGUUGAAGCUGCACGUGGGGUUCUGCAGGUGGCAGGCAGGGGGGUCCAGGCCAUCUCCCCUCCCUGGGCGGCAGGAGGCUCACAGUUAAGGGGCUUGCUGAGGGCUUGAUGACGCAGUGAGCCUACCGAUUUUACCACUGUUGGAAACAGUCUGAGCGUGCUGUGACUUGGAAGCUAAAAAUCUGCUCUUUGUCUCCAUAAUGUAGCUAGGCAUACUUUUUUCUAGUUAGUGAUAACAAACGAAUCCUGUUUGUGCACCUUUGUUCACGGCGGACCUCAUAGCUACCCUAAGGUCUGCUUCUGUGUUGUCUGAGCCUGACAUGGUGCCCUGGGACAUGUGUGCAUCUGUAACUGUCUGCACACACCCGGAACAUGCUUUCUCUGGAUAGAAUGUUCUUGAAUGGCCAUUGGCCAAGUUGGCCAGGCCUUCCGUCAAGGCCUGGUUAGAGAGGCUCCCCAUGGUCGCCUCCUGAGACGCACAGCCCGUGGGCAUGGGCUGUCAGAGCCAGCCAGGCCUGGGGACGCAGCCUCAGUUUCCUUGAGGAAACUGGGAAAGGAAGGAAGCAGAGUUAGAGGGAGCGCUGUUCCCACCUCGUGCAGUGCAGUGCCGUCAGACCACCGCACGCUGAACCCUCUGGGAAGAUCUGUUGCAACCAUUAUCUUUGUUCUUUAUUUAUCAUGCAUUUAAAGUGAGAUGCAGAAGCAGUUAACACACUAUGUAAAUAUGGACCUUUUAAAAUUAAAACGUUAUUGGAAGUGCUUUCAAUCCAGCAACAUCGUAGCUAUUUGUUAGUUCUUUUGUGUUGUCUUAUCAAAGUUUAAUGGAUACAGUUCCAUGUUGAUGUGUUUGUGUGUAUAUUCGAUUUUUAUAAAGAUGGUAGUAAGUCAAUACAUUUAUCCUGAUCUGUGUAUUAUUUGUUCACAAAUUCAAGAAGCCAGUAAAUAUCAUUAUAUCUCAUAAGGUAAAGACAGUAGCGAUUAUGUGGAGCUCAGGUACCCUUUCUUUUCGCAUUAUCUUGUUUUGAUUUUAAUGCUGUAAUAUAAGUUCACUUAGCUACUUACUGAGCAUAACCUUGCAUUUCCGUUGGUCUGGCCACAUCUGUUAAGUCUUACAUGAUGCCCUUCUAAAGGAGAAAUACCAGCUCUUUUUUUCCGAAAGCAUUGUUGAGGGUUCCGCCCUUUCUGGCCGGGCAGCACCCUCAGUAGGGCCUGUGCCUUCUCCGCAGUGGGGGUGGGGAGCGGGGCGGGGGGCUUCAUCGAAACUGUUUCUGACUGGGGUCUCCUCAUGAUUUGUAAAAGGUCCUGAAUGAACAAUUGUUUGUGCUUAGUUCUGUAGCGUUUCUGAAUUGUGGCAGAGCUGUAGAUUCUGCACUCAGGGGUCUCUCUUUUUUUUUUUUAAGGGCGUUUUGCUAAAUGAUGCAAGUGGACUUUGUCGCGGGAGGGAGGCUGGGAGAGGUGACCAGGGUGAAGAAGGACAGGAUGGAGUGAAGGGAGCUGGAGCAUGCAGGAUCGGCCAGGAGCCAGGUCCUGGCGCCCGGCGCUGAGGAGGAGUCAGCUGGGGCGGGCGGGCAGCCGUGGGCGGGCGGGCAGUGGUCACAGCGACCGCCACGCCAGGGCCGCACCUUGCACGCAGUGGACCGCAGAGCUGGUGGGCGAGAGGAGGCCUGGCUGGCUGGUCUGGAGGGGAGAGGAGACUUAGGGCCAAGUUGUUCUGAGAACCUGUCACUUCCUUCCUUUUUUUUUUAUCUUUUGUAGUUUUUGUUGUUGUUUGUUUUUUAAUUUCUCUGUUGUUUAAUUGAAGGUAAGCUCAGUGUGCUUAUGGACCAUUGGCUGCCAGGGACCCUGAUGAGGACAGUCAGGUUUUGGUCGAGGUCUGUGCAGAGCGCCUAGAGCCACGCGUGAGGUGUGGAGCCCCCGAGCCCCCUGGCUUCCGGCCCCCAGACCCUGGAGUGGCAGCGUGCCCCCCCGCCGGCUGCACCCCACCGGGAGCCCUACUUCCACCCUCGGGGUCAGACAGACCACGCCCCCACCUGCGUGCUGUCCCGGCCUCCCCACCCCCACCCCCCAGCUCCUUUGUCUACGUUGGUUGGGAGGGGGUGGGGUGCUUGAAAGGCAUGGUUGAUUUUUUUACAGGUUUUUCUAAGUGACAGUAUUCUGAAAGGGGAUUAACUAAUGGAAGGGGUGGAUGAUACAAAAUGGGACCAGGAGACACCCCUCUCCCCUUGGAGGAAGCCAUAGGAAUUACAUCCGUUACAGGGAGAAUGUAGAUAUUCUGCUGUACUUAAUGAGCAUUUAAAUUAGCCUUUUCACCUCUUUUUAAAUCAUGUGAAUGAUGUGGUGUUUUGGACAUCGGUAAAUAUGAACUCUGCAAAGGCAGUGAGCCUUGUCUUACUAUUAAAUCCUAAGGAUUUUGUGUAAGGUUUUUUUGCAACCUGUUUAAUUUUCCUCAUUUAAAGGGCCCAUGGUUCUUUGUCCUGGAACCAAGCAACUCAGUGAUUCAUAUUGGAUCCCGGGUAUACCUGCUGGUAGUGUUUGGUGGGGAAGGGUCUUUGGUUUUACACGUGUAAAAACCUGCUCUUUUUAGAAAAUGUGCAAAAAAAUCUUAGCUCUCUUUUCUGUGCUGUAUUUUUGUUAGGAAGUCUUUUCAUUAAGAUGAGCAGGCAGAACAGGUAUUUUUAGUGAGAAGUUGCUUCUUGCUUUCACUUUUAACCAACUAAAAUGUAAAAAGGCCUUCCUGUUGGUGCUUUAUCUUACUAAUUUUGAAAGGUAUGUAGAAAAAUACAGGCCUUUAAAAAGAAAUAUGAUUGUAGUCUUUGAAUUUUAAUAACUUUCCAUAGAGUAGACAAACAGAUGUACUGUUUUAACAUAUUCUGUAUUUAGUAGUUUAAUAUACUCUAGAAAGUAGACCUCUUGACAUUCUUCUAGCCUGAUUUUCUUUUAAACUAUUUUUCAUUUUAAGGGCACGUAAUGGAACCUGAUUUUUAAAGGACUGUCUUAAGUUCUGUGCUCUCUGCAGUAUUGUCUCAGGGUAUAUAAUUUAUGUUUUUAAAGCAACAUUUAUACGACACACAUUUAUAACUAUUGACCGAAGAGCAAAUAACCGCUUGUUUUGAUAACUCAGCUUUGCUUUUCACAGGCGUGGGAUCCAGAAUUGUUUUUUCCUCUGUGAGGAUUUUAACUCUGAGGCUUUAACUCUGCUGUUUAAUUUUCAGGUUCACCAGCAGCACAGCCUGAAAUCUGAUUUUCUUUUUCCCUUUCCAUUUCUGAGCUGGUUCUCUCUGCUGGGCUCCCAGUCUGGCCUUGCUCCUGCUGCAGAGUGUCUGGGCCCCGUCAGCCAAGCCGCCUGCGCACCCCUUCCUUCCCUCGGGGCUCCCUGCCACGCCCACCCCCACCGUCCUCAGAAGCAUGCCCUUCUCUCACUUGCAUUGCCGGCUGACCGUUCUCUCCUCCCGCCGCUGCUGGUGACUCCGUCUUGGCCAUGCUGUCCCGUGUUGGCGUUCAGAGUUCCGCUCUGCUGUCGCGAGUUGCCUGUGCUGCGUCGUCUCAACCUUUGCUUUGACAGGUCUGACUCUCGGUUUGUUCCCCCAGGUCUCCGGCUGGCGAGAGUAACCUCUGGGUUCUGUUGUUUGCAGUCUCCCCCGGGGGCGGUGCCCCGUGGAGGCCGGGCCAUGCCCGGCGCACUAACCAGCCCUCUGUUCCUUCCCCUCUCCUUUUGCAGGACCUCUCUUGCAUGCGUCAGUGUUAGUGGUAGCGCGCCUCUUCUUCCGCUGGGAGGUGACGGCCCGUUGGGCUCUGUCGCCGCUCUGGCUGGCUGUGAUCCUUCCUAAGCGUAUUGCUAAGUGCCGCGAGCUAGCCUGGGCCGGCUCGGCGCGGCGUCUGCAGCUGUGUUUGUGGGGCGCACACUGGGAUUGAGAGAUCAAGAGCUGAGCGAGUGGCUUUCUUCUGGGUGAUCUGCUCCGUGUCUCCACCCAGCGCACCACUCACGUUUGCGGGCGGGGAUGUUGCCUUGUUUUACCCCGUUUUCCACUUUGUGCUAAUCACUGUGACAGCUUUAUCAGGAAUAUGUGUGAAGAACAGUUGUGACAUAGUUGGAAAAAAUGUAUCUGUGUGUAUCAUCUGUGUGAUUCCAUGCCAAGAAAUGUGUUUUGAACUGUAUUGUAAUUUGAAAGAUGUGUUAAUAAAUAAAUACCUUGCACUUUC